CUACCUGCUCCGAACAGAAAAGGGAAAAGGAGGGUUUCGUCGCGGCCACGUGAAUGCCGGUAACAUCAUCGCAAGUCAUUUUUAGAUUCAAAAUACAUUCACCGCAAUUGUCUUGAGUCCUCCCAACCUGAGUUUCACCGGGUGAUUUGAUUUUCAUCGACACCGCUGCAUGAAGUGAGGGAGUUGGGGGGACGAGGGCUUGUGCCACAAAUUGCAAUUUCAAUAUGGGUUGCGGUUGAAGGUUCACUUGUUGGAGUCAUGAAACGACAUCUGACUGCUUUGGUUGUUACUAGUAGCUUCUUGUUACUACUAGUAAGGCCCUUGCUCCUAGUAGCGAUGCACUUGUUCCUAGUAGCGACGCACUUGUUCACUGCUUUGAACAAAUAUGGACAAAAAUGAAAAGUUUGAUGCCGCACCGCCGACGACAUAUUUUUCCUCGGCCUGUUGCUGGCUUUUGCUUUCUACAUUCUCAGGUAGUGCAGUGCAUUCAGAGUUUCUGAAAAUGCGCCUUUGCUCUCCACGCAAGUUUGCAUCGAUCGAACGCUCUCUGCAGUGUGGCUUCGUCAGAGUCAAUUAGGUGUCUAUGAGUGCAUGUCGGAAAACAUUUUUACGCACACUGUGCUAUGCAAGUUCUUCGAACGAGGAAAAUGCAAUCGAGGAAGUGCUUGUUCGUUCGCGCAUGGAGUUGAACAUCUGAAGCAGAAGCCCGAUUUGACGCGGACGAAAUUGUGCAUCCUCUACCACCACGGCCAAUGUCCAGCGGGCGAGGAUUGCCAUUUUGCACAUGCGCAAGGGGACCUCCAAAAAUGCAGACCAAAGCGAGUGGUAAAGCCCGGCUUGGUGCGUCACAGCCACCCACAUGAGAGCUUGUUGGAGGAUGAGGACACGCCCAGAUGCGCGCAAUCUUCGUCCUCGAAUGUACCGACGUUGCAGCUGCCGGAAGAGCUGUGCUCGGAGUCUCCCACGGAGAAUUGCCCCGAUCUGGAAGAUGAACAGCUCACUGCCUCAGUAAAGAACACCUUUCUACACUUUGAGAGAGCCACUGGCAAGUUGCCGAGGUCCAACAGUUGGCCCGCCGUAUGGGAGACAGAAUGAAACAGUUGCCUGCUUCACUGCCCAAUACGGUUGAGUGCUGACAUUUCAAUCUCUUGACGUUUCAAGAUUCAUGAGGCCCUGUUGCUCCAGUUCCGAUAUUUUGGACUGUGACUUGAUGGAGAAUUCAAGGCAUACAGCUGGUGGAAGGCUCCAGCGGGAAAUGCACCAAUGUUCCUACUGCUUGGGCAUCCAGCUGAAGGUGCGAGGUUCAAAUGGUACAAAAACAGGUCUUUGGGCAACGAGGCGCAGCCUCUUGAGCAAGAGCUCGUCGACAUUGUUUCGCGAAGGACUUCCUUCGUGUCAAGCUAUCGUUAAGGCUGUGACAAAGCCAUCAUGAAACCUCCCGGCCCCUCACCGCAAGGUAUCUUGAGAAUCUUCUUGGAAGCUUGUUGCGAAGUGUUGGGAAGAAAAAAGUGUUUCCUGCUCAAAGCAUUAGUC